AUUAAAAAUAAUAAGCAAGCCCAGGAGCUAUUAACUAAAUUAGAAAGCAAAUUAAACAAGCCCACCGCAGACAAAGAAAUUCAAGUCAAUCCGGUUAUUAAAUACGACCUAACAGAAUUAAAGCAAUGGUUAGAAGAAAACCCAGCCCUAGCUUCGGCUACUUGCAUUGAUGAUAAAGAACCAGAACCAGUAAAAAAGGCUGAGGGAGCUGAUGAGAACAUUAAGAAAACUCCUGAGCCAAGUAAUAAGGAGCCAACCGAUAAUUUCGAAGAAUCCACCACUAAUCGUGAUAAAUUAAAAAAGGAAAAUGAAAAAGGAGGGCUUGGCAAAGCAGCAAUCAGAGCCUCAAUUAAAGCACUUAAUUUCGCAGUAAAAGCCUAUAAUGGAGUGGUGGCAAAAUCUGUAAAAUACCUUUCUCUUGGCACAGUCGACAUUAAGUUAAAAGAAGUUAACGAGAACCAAACAUUGGAUGAAAUUAUGAAAAGUGGUGGCACCUCGGUAGCACUUGGUCUAAUUGAUGAUGGCGUUAAAGGAGUUAGGAGAAUAGGACUCCCGGCCAUCAAUGCAAUUAGUGUUUUUGGUAUGGGUGGACCCCAAGUAGUUGCUGCGGCUAGUCUGGCUUUGUCUAGUGUUGAAUUUGCUAUUGACCACUUAAAAGAUAUGCUUACAAGUAGUGCCAUCAGUGGUCUUGCUGCCGAAGUCGGAGACUUAAAAGACGGACAGGCUAAACUUAAUUCCAAAGUCGAUGCUCAGGGCGAAUUAAUGAAUAAAAGAAUGGGCGACCUCAAAUCGGAACUCCAAGGAGAAUUAAAAAAGCAAGGAGAAAAGUUCGACCAAGAAAUCAAAGACCUCGAUAAAAAAUUAGAAACGGCCACCGGGGAAAACAGACGAGCAAUCGAGGAAGAAAGAAAACAACGGCAAGCCCAAUAUCAAGAGUUAAAAAGUUCUAUUAACGAAGUCACUGAUAAUCUUAACCGAGUAGAAACCCAACUUACUAAUGCCUUAAAUGAUUUUAAAAAAGAAGUCAAUGAACGCUUCGAAGAACAAGAACAAAAAAUCCUCGCCAACAAGCGCAAAAUCGAAGAAGAAAGAAUCAAACGCGAACAAGAAAUUAAAGAAGUAAAAGAUAACAUCAAACUCACCAACACCAACCUGGAAAAUCUUCGUAAAGAAAAAGAACAAAUUGAGGAUGAAUUCAUUACUUAUAAAUCCCAAAUCAACCAACAAACUGCCGAAACUCAGCAAACUUUCGAAGAUAGCCAAGCCGAAUAUGAACGCAGAACCAAGAUAAUCGAAGCCCAAAUUGAAGAUAAUCAAGAAGUUAUUGAGGAAUUUAACGAACAAUUAACUAAUGUCCAAAACGAACAAGCCCACCAAAGGGUUCAACAAGAAGAAAUGCUCGAAGAAUUAGCCGAAACUAAUGACCUCUUAUUUACUCAACAGCAUAAAUUAAACUUAGUGGCUAACCAAAUGGAAGAAAUUCAAGAAGAAGUCCAUGAAAGAAUGGAUAAACUCUCUCAGAAAUUAGAUGAACGAACUAACGAAACCUUAAACAUUGCCCAAGACACUAAUAAAAAGGUUGAUAAACUUACCGAAGAAGUUAAAAACAUUAAACAAAGCACGGAACAACUGCAAGAACAAAUAAAGGAAAAUAAAAAAUUAACUGAGGAAGCCAAAAAAGAAGCUCAAUGA